AUUGCUGCAUUCAGAGAAUGGCAAAGCCGAAGAAUAGUAAUAGACAGCAAAAUGCGGCCUCAGAGGAGGAAGGAAGUGGCUCACACCCUGAAAACGUCACCCCUGAUACUACACAAGGCAGCCUUUAUCAGGUGCUUGGAGUGGAGCGGAUUGCAUCUCAACAGGAAAUUAAAAAGGCCUACCACAGGUUGGCAUUACAGCUGCAUCCUGACAAAAAUCAAAAUGACGAGAAUGCCAAUGAAAAGUUCCAGAAAUUGCAAAAAGUAAUGUCAAUACUUGGAGAUCCAGAGAAGAGAAAACUUUAUGAUGAGACUGGUUGUGUUGAUGACCAGGACCUUGCUGGGGAUGCAGUUCAGAAUCUAUGUGAUUUUCUCAGGACGUUGUAUAAAGAGGUGACUAAUGCUAGUUGUAUGCUGAUUUAUGCGGUUUAGAAUUUAGAUGGCGGCCACAUUUAAAUUAUAGAGAAUGGUUAUGGUUGUAGCCAUGG